CUGAAGUCUUUCCUUGAACUCAACGCAGGUCUCGGUCUCGUCUGGCUCCUAGAAGAUGAUAGGCGUGCCCUAAAUCUAAGGGCCUCGGCUGACAGACUCUUGAGGGAGGUGAAUUGGCACAGACGUGGAGGUGUGUGUGUGUAGGAUGCUUCUGCACGUUCCCACGGGAAGAGAACCGGAGUUGCAAGUUUUCCAGCCCACGGAAACGGCAGGGGCGCGCAGAGCAGCUGCUGCGGAGCGGAAGUGCAUCCCGGGAGCCGUUCUAGGAAACCCGGAGGACCCCGCGCGUCAAUGGUCGAGGGCACAGUGGGUUUCGCGAGGUGCCCUGGGACGUUCCAGGGAGCCGACCGGCCCUCGCCAGCCGGGUGGCGAUGGGGGCUCUGAUAUGGGGACUGAGAAAAAGGAGGAGCUUCCCAAGGAAGAAAUUUCUGAAGAAUCCAAGCCACAUGGGCCAGUGUUGGAAAAGCUUUCACAGGUUUACCAAGGUCAUGGGUUUGGAGCAGCAAGUGAAAAAGACAUAUUAAAGGGACAUCUGAGAAAGUCUCCUCAGGAGAGAGACUUUGCAUCAGGGUUAGUUAUCUUCAAGACGUCAUCCUUAGGUGAGAAAGAGCAGGGUAGUAGUGGGCGUCCUGACCCAAGUGUGGUGCCCUGCCAUGGGGGUCCUCCAGCAGAGAGGGACCCAAGUGUGGUGCCCUGCCAUGGGGAUCCUCCAGCAGAGAGGGACCCAAGUGUGGUGCCCUGCCAUGGGGAUCCUCCAGCAGAGAGGGACCCAAGUGUGGUGCCCUGCCAUGGGGAUCCUCCAGCAGAGAGGGACCCAAGUGUGGUGCCCUGCCAUGGGGAUCCUCCAGCAGAGAGGGACCCAAGUGUGGUGCCCUGCCAUGGGGAUCCUCCAGCAGAGAGGGACCCAAGUGUGGUGCCCUGCCAUGGGGAUCCUCCAGCAGAGAGGGACCCAAGUGUGGUGCCCUGCCAUGGGGAUCCUCCAGCAGAGAGGGACCCAAGUGUGGUGCCCUGCCAUGGGGAUCCUCCAGCAGAGAGGGUUAGCGUGUUUGCUACUUCUGCUCAGAGCUUCAUGGAGAAGGUACAGCUUCAUCAAGCACAGAGGACUUCUGGGGGAGAUAAGCCUCACACGUGUAAAGAAUGUGGAAAAGCUUUUAAUCAGAACUCGCAUCUCAUCCAGCAUAUGCGAGUUCACAGUGGAGAGAAACCCUUUGAGUGCAAAGAGUGUGGAAAGACAUUUGGAACGAACUCCAGCCUUCGAAGGCACCUGAGAAUUCAUGCUGGAGAGAAGCCCUUUGCUUGUAACGAGUGUGGGAAAGCCUUCAUUCAGAGCUCACAUCUUAUCCACCAUCAUCGAAUCCACACAGGAGAAAGGCCUUAUAAAUGUGAAGAAUGUGGGAAAGCCUUCAGCCAGAAUUCAGCCCUUAUCCUGCACCAGAGAAUCCACACUGGGGAGAAACCGUACGAAUGCAAUGAGUGUGGGAAGACCUUCAGGGUCAGCUCCCAGCUUAUCCAGCACCAGAGGAUUCACACCGAAGAGAGGUACCAUGAGUGCAACGAGUGUGGCAAAGCCUUCAAGCACAGCUCGGGCCUCAUCCGACACCAGAAAAUCCAUACUGGAGAAAAGCCCUAUCUGUGUAAUGAGUGUGGGAAAGGCUUUGGUCAGAGUUCUGAGCUUAUCCGUCAUCAGAGAAUUCAUACAGGGGACAAACCCUACGAGUGCAACGAAUGUGGGAAGACUUUCGGGCAGAACUCAGAGAUCAUCAGACAUAUUAGAAUUCAUACUGGGGAGAAGCCCUAUGUGUGCAAGGAGUGUGGGAAGGCCUUCAGGGGUAACUCAGAACUUCUCAGACAUGAGAGGAUUCACACUGGAGAGAAACCCUUUGAAUGCUUUGAGUGUGGCAAGGCUUUCAGGCGGACCUCUCACCUUGUCGUCCACCAGAGAGUACACACCGGGGAGAAACCCCACCAGUGUCACGAGUGUGCAAGAACCUUUUGGGAUAACUCGGAGCUGCUGCUUCACCAGAAGAUUCACGGUGGAGAGAAGCCUUAUGCGUGCCUGGAGUGUGCGAAGACGUUCAGCCAGCACUCGCAGCUCACCAUCCACCAGAGAAUCCACACCGGAGAGAAGCCGUACGAGUGUCAGGAGUGCCAGAAGACCUUCAGUCGGAGCUCCCACCUCCUCCGACACCAGAGCGUCCACUGCGUCGAGUGACCCGCAGGCCAGGACUGUGUGGAAAGGCCGAAGCAGGCUCUUUGUUCCUUCACAGUCUGUCCCCUAGUCCUUGGGUCACACGCAAGGACAGGCCCUCCUCUGCCCACGCCCUGAGCCUUGUGGUAGCUGGCGGAAGUGACGGAGCAGUUUCAUGAACUAUUUAUUGAGAAGUUUGUGUUCUGAAUUAAAUCAUAAAAGUUGUUUCAGGCCUUAAUUCUCCUCUGUCCUUCUUUCCUUCCUUCUUUCCCUCCCACAGGGGUCUGCACCUGUGUCUAAAUUGUUGUUCUUUGUGAAAGUGGGGACAGGAUUCACUGCUACGAACUUCGGAGUUGACUCACUGUCUCCUGCGAUGUUAGAAAAUUGUGAACUAUUCUCCAGUUCACUGCGUAGCCUUGGGUACCUUAGUGAGCUCGCCCCGCCCCAGGCCUUAAAAUCUUACGGUUGUGUUAUCAAGUUCCCUUGAACACGGCGACGUUAAUGAGAAAACAGGAAGCUGCAUCUUUUCACAUCUGCCAGGCUCCUUACUUAUCUAAGAGGCUUCCACGAGAAGGAAGCCGUUUACAGGAUGGAGUGGAAGCCUGAACACCUGGAGGAAGAACCCGUGAGAGACAGCUGAAGCCGGCUGCUGAGCACGGGCAGGAGAGGCUCAGCGGCAGCUCCUCCUGCUGCUGCCAUCUUGUCAAGAAGCAGUGAACAGGGUGGGGUGGCUUUUCUCUGCCGGGCACCAGGCCGUGGUGGUGAGCUGGAUAACUCGACGAAUCAGGCCUGGCCUUUCCAACAUCUGAACUCUCAUGACCACCAGCUGGGGGCUCUGGGUAAUAGCUGUAGAUGUGACAGAUCUUCUUGGUGUGUCUUAUGGCUGAGAAUUCUUUUUCCAACAUCUCUGCAUGUCUUCUGUGUCCUCCAGUUGGCACGUUUCCAUGUGUGAUGCGCGUGGUAGGAACAGAAAUUGCACUAAAGAAAACACUGCAGGCCUGGGUUCUUAUCUGAGAACUCUCCCUUUAAUGAGCCCUCAGUUCCUGGUCCUUGGUUUUCUUCUCUGCAAAAUGAGGGGUGUUGAAUGAAAUGACCUCUCAAGUUUCAGGCAGCCUCUAAGAAAAUACGCUAAUCACCAAUUUGUGUUUUCAGUACUUGAGUUUCAUAACCCAAGGCUUUGUGUUUGCCAGGCAAGCAGUCCACCUCUGAGCUUCAGCCCUAGCCCCAUCCCCUUCCAGAGCCAGAUCCCGAUGAGCUGUCCAGUCACGGUGCGCCAGGCAGUGUGCUGUCAGCUUACACUGUUUCCCUUGAUGCCUCUGUGAUGUGGGACUGGCUUUACUUGGAGACAAUGUACAUAUCAUAAAGUUUGUGGUGUUAAAUGUCCAGUUGAGCGAUUCUUGGUAAAUUAGAGUUGCACAGUUUUCCUCAGUGCAAGUGUUCUUAAGCCAUCUUAAAUGAUGACUGAGCUCAGGUGGGGCAGGGAAUGUUAGGUGAUUCACCCGUGAUCGUGUUCAGUCUAGAGCUGAGGGUCCAGGGGUCUAUUAGCCGCUGUGCUGUGGGUAGGCUCCUUCAUUAAUGCCUCAUUUUAAGCCCUUUGCACACUUUUUUAAAUUACCAGUCACUACACAUAUGUGACGAUAAAGAUUUUAAACUAUAUCUUGGCAGAUGUUACUCACCACAGCCCAGUUCUGCAGGCAGGCUUUCUCUACCCCAGAGCUCUUUUCAGCUUUCUACCCUUGGCUUGAGAGAAAAGCAGUCAAGUAAGCAGCUGCUGAGUCCAUUCCACAGCUUUGCAGGCGGCCACUCUGCUGCCAGAUGCUGGCAGGAGAGCUCUGGCUGCUUCCCUCUGGUUACCAGUGCAGUGUGGUCUCCUUCGGUUUUUGUUGCUUUGCUCCGGUUCAGAGUAAGCUGCACCCGCCCCGUCCCCAGGACAUCACUCACCUCUGUAAUUUAGGAUUUUUGUGGUCCCUUACUUUACUUCCAAGUUCAUCCCUUUUCAGUCCUUAUAUAGAGCCAGCAUCUAAGAAAGCUCAUUUAAAAUGUGAUUGAAUAUUACAAUAAAAAUUAAAAAGCCAAGUGAAACCUUGUCUAAAAAAGACAUCAGCACUCUUCAAAUGCCCCAAAGGAAUUUUCCCGGGACACAUUCGUGAGGACCACGGCCUCCCCUGGAGAUGAGCAUGCUGCAAAGGUGGAGGCUCUUAUGUCUCUCCUCUCAGACUUUGCUCUCAGAAGUUCUUGGUGAAACCAGCAGUGCAGGGUUUGGCUUUGUUCUGUUUGAGACAGAGUCUCUCUAUGUUGCUGUAGCUGUCCUGGAAUUUGCUGGGGAGACCUGGCUAAUCUCAAACUCAGACCCGCUGGCCUUUGCCUCCCAAGUGCUGGGAUUAUAGGUGUGCGCCACCAUGCCCGACCCUUUUCAGGGCUUAGUUUGGGUUUUCCUUGCUGUUGUUUUGGUUUUUGGUUUUCCUAAAAAGCCAAUCCUUCCACCCAACUUCAACACAUAGUUUCUUUCUUUUUCAUCCCUCCUUUCUCCUCCCUCACUUCCUCCCUUCCUUCUUUUGUUCUUUCUAUGUCUCAAAUAGCCCAAACUGACCAUGACUCUGUUGUGGCUGAGGAUGACCUUGAACCCCUGAACCUCCUUCCUCCACAUCCUCAGGCACCACUACGCCCAGUUUAUGCGGUGCUGGAGAUCCCACUUGGCUUUGCUCAUGAUAGGCAAGCACAAACAGGACUCCAUUCUCACCUCCUCAGUUGCCUUAAACCCAUCACUGUUUAGCAAAAGAAAAGGCCUUUUACUUAAUCCGUUCUCUUGAACAUUAGUGACAAGCUUUGUUGUGCCCGAGCAUGCUCAGAAGAGGAGGAAGGCCUCAUGUUCUCAAAAGAAUCUGUGUGUGCUGCCCGAGAGGAAGUAGUCUCUUGGGUACGUCACACAUGCGUCCUCUGACCUCACUUGUCUCAGGAAACUUCCUGACCUUUCCUUGUUUGCUUACCUCGCGUCAACAUCCUACCGUAACUGGUUAGCAGCCACAGUUCUAUGCAAGGAGAAUCCCGCCUGCCAAAGACAAGUCAUGAAUGAACUGCACACCCACUUUCAAGAAAUAAAAUAGACUUCACAGUCUGAAAGCCCCACUUAAGUACCCGAGAACUCCUGCAGGAUCUUUGAAGAUAUGUCAACAUCUGUUCUCUUCCUUUUCUCACAGUUUAAGCAAAUAAAACAUGUCUUUGUAAUUUUCUCAAUAUGUCUUCCUUUUGCGUGUUAUUCUAAACUUCAUUGUGUUUUGUUAUGGUCUCAAUAUGACUUUGUACAGGUUUCAUUUCCACCUUGUUUUGUCUUUCUCCAAGUGCGCCGUCGUGCCUUGCUGUUAGUGUGUGGCUUUGAGUAUGCUGUUCACUCUGCCCUAUAUCUGGUGUGUGUGUGUAUGUGUGUAUGCAGUGCCCAACUGUGUGUGCCCAACAUGUGGUGCCCACAGAGGCCAGAACAGGGAGUUGGAUCUCUUGGAACUGGAGUUAUACAUGGUUGUCAGUCACCACGUAGGUACUGGGAGCUGAACCCCAAUCCUCUGGAAGAGCAGCCAAUUCUCUUAACUGCUGAGCCAUUUCUCCAGCCCCCAGGGGGUUCUUGAUUUAGAGGGUUAGGGACAUGCCUGAGGCCUGGGGGGGUCACUAAAACACUUGCAAAAAACUGAGUUGUAGACAGUUGCCAUUAACAGCCCUAAAAUAUCAGCCAGAGGUUAUAAUUAUAAACAGACAAAACAAAACCCAGGAUAGAGGGGCUGGAGAGACAGCUUGGCAGUUAAGAACAGUGACUGUUCGAUUUUCAGCACCCACACUGUGGCUCACAACCAUCCAUAACAGCACAUGGAGCACAGAUAGACAUGCAUGCAAAACACCCAUACUCCUGAAGUAAAAUAAUUUUUUAAAAUUAAACCCCCCCCCACAAUAAAAAGCAUCUUUAGCUCAGGGCCCUGUCUAUAUAGAAACAGGUGUGAGUACUUUAGGAUUUGAUCCUUAGGCCACAUGCUUAUCUCUGGGCCAGGAAAGGUGUCUUCAAGGAAGCAACAUUUAAGUGGAGACUUAGGCAAAGGAGGUAGCUUAGCAGCUAGUAGAAAGUAUGAAGGAAGAGGAGACAAGGGGGCACAUUUAAGGUGCAGAUGAGCUUGGAAUGUGGGCCAGCGAUCAAUUUAGUGCCUCCUUACUUUAAACCCAUCCUUUGUAGUUCUUUAUGAUCCUGGAGUUGGGCCUAUAAAUACUCCCUCCUUUCUGAGUGAUGCAGAGUCAGGUUGCCAGUAAUGGUCACUGGAGGGACAAGGCGAAGAGGAAGGGUCUACUUCUAGGUGUGGUCUUUACCAUCACGUGUGUGUGUGUGCGCGUGUGUGUUUGUGUGUGCAUGUGUGUCUGUGUGUUUGUGUGUGCGUGUGUCUGUCUGUGUGUUUGUGCAUGUUGUUUGUGCGUGUGUGUAUGUGUGUAUGAGUGUGUAUGUAUGUAUAUGUGUAUAUGUGUGUGUGUUGUGUCAGUGCUCGCACCUGUUAAUGCAUUUGGACAGCACAUUAACCCGUGGCUUUCUGCCUGUCAGUCCUGGCCUGCAGCUCCUCAGUGAACAUCACCAGUCUGUACCAGAAUGAACAUACUGCUGUAUUGGUAAAUAUUUAGGUCAAAACCAAAAGAGCCAACCAACCAAAGCAAACUGAAAGAGCAAGGGAUAAUAACCCCACCAAAUGCCUCUGACUUGUUGCAUUUCCUCGUGGUGAAUAUCCUCACGACAGCUCAUUUCAACGCAGGUCGGAAGCAGUGUGCAAAACUGGCUCUGGCAAGGCUCUAGCUGGCUCUAGUGUACCUCUGAAGGAGACACAGUGUCUCCUAAAAGUAUGAUCAGAGCAUGGAAGGCUGCCCUGCCUGAAUUCCUCUUGCCUUUGGGCCCCAGUGUGUAGAGUAGUUUGUCUGUGAUUUACCCUAGUCUUUGCAGGCCUCGGCCACUCGUGGACCGAAGAGAGCAGAUCUUGGUGCAUAGGUACCUGGCACAGAGUCAAAUGAACCUCUGCCUGUGGGUUGACCUUGGGCCCACGUGAGACG